GGCAUUGUCUGUUUGAUUCGAUCCCUAGCGAUUUUUUUGGCUUUGUUUUCGUCACCAGCAAGUGGUUUUGUUCGUUACUCCCUUCAAUUUUAAUUUCACAUCCCAAACAUAGCAAAUGACAAAGCGACGAGUGACUGCAGCGUCGACAAUAGGCGACGACAUGAGCAUACGGUACCCGCAUGCGUUCACCAGUAUGAGCAUUAGUCCCUACAACCGCGAUGUAGUAGCCGGUGUGACAUGGUGUCCCAGCACACAGCAGCACAGCUGGGUUGGGACGACAGUGAACCAGACGCUGCUGAUAUACGACCUAGCACACACUAGCAGCACGCCAUUCCGCGAUAUUGCCUGGGCGCCUAAGAUUCCAUCAUGGAUUGGUACGGCGUCGAUAGACCCGAUUAUCAAGAUCUGGGAUGUGCGGCAGGACCAGAAGCCCAUGUGGUACUACUCGGAGUGGGAGUCGGUGGAUUUGUUGGCGUUUAGCAACACGGAGAUGACGAAGCUGGCGUCAGUGCAUCGCAACAAGAUCGCAGUGCAGACAGUGGACAAUGCACAUAUGGACGACAUCACCAGUAUCUGCUGGCACCCAUGGGAGAGCAACAUUCUGCUGACAGGCAGCCAGGACAAGACCGUCAAGAAGCUAAGGCUCGACGGCAGCAGUGUGUCGGAAGUAUACACGCACACAUUCCCAUACGAGGUCAUGAACGCAAAAUUCACGCCGUUCGGCGAGGGGGUACUGGUCAAGCUCAAGGCGCCUGACAACAACAUGCUGCUGGCGCGCGACAACGAGCAGAUGGAGAUUGUGCACAGGUUUGUCGGCCACACAGACCGCGUGCUGGCAUCUGAGUGGCGGUCGCGCGGCGAGAUCCGCAUGGACGACGGCAGGAAAAUCGAUACGCGGGAAUUCCAGCUAGUGUCGUGGGGCCGCGAUGAGGUGCUGCGCAUGUGGUCCGUCAACGACAAGACCGUGGAGUCAGUCGGUAGCCACCCGGACCGAGGGGCACGUCAGAGUCUGGGCAAUCCAGUCCCUUCGUUCUCGGCCAAUUUCCUGGGGCCCGACCAGCUCCUGCACUUGAUGGACCAGAAAAUACUGCCGCGCGAGCUUCUCCAGGCAGUGGCAAAGAAGGCAGACCUGCGCGGCGCCGCAACGUUCCAUGAGUUCAUGAGCAAGGAAAAUUUGCUCGACUCUCAUAUGCACAAUACAGACAGGUCUGGCAGGCUCGGCACCCAGGCUGCGGCAGCUCAGAGCCAACUUCACAGUAGCGACGACGAUGACGAUGACUUCGAGACCGGGUAUAGAGGCAGCACUUCGGUUGCUUCGUGGCGGGAAGAGGUCUACGCGAUCAUCAACGAAAAGUACUCACGAUCAGGCACAAUCGUGAACUCGGAUGUAUCGGUGGACGCCCGGCGGUGCAUCCUUACCAUCGGCGUACCAUGGCUGACCAGCGACACCCUGCGCGUCAGGCUUGAUUUCCCCACAUACUACCCGCAAAGCCCGCUGCAUGUCGAGAUCCAAAAGGCGGGACUCGUCUACGGAAACCGCGACACGAUGCAGAACCGGCUGCGCAAGCCAGCCCUAGAGCAGUGCCUGUACACCCUAGUCUCUCUGUACAUUGCGGCAGUGCAAGACGUAGGCCGUCUGCCAUCCCCGCCAUCCCCGCUUGUGCCCGACACAGAUGGAUUUGACGAUGCCCAGGGCAGGCUGGCCAUGCAUGCGGAGAUGCCCAGGCACCUCAAGAGCCGCCUGACCCGCCGUAGCCUGAGCCGGGACACCAAGGAGUCGCCGGAUAUUGGCGCCCGCAGCAUUUCGCCCGGACGGCUAUCGGACGACAACAACUCUGUGCUGUCUGCCAACCGCGACGACAUGGGCGAGUAUUCCGAUCGACGACGACUAUGACCUGCCCGGAUUCGACGAUGA